UUCUCUAAGCCUUGAGCACUCCGCCACCCAGUGGACAAAACGUGGAACUACAGCAUUGAAUCCCAUCAUGCUUUGCCGUACCCGCCGACCCGAGCUCCACCGAUGCUAAGCUAACUGCCUUUAGCUGCCGGGAGCGGACAUGUUGUACGGACCCUUUCGCGGAUAAACGUCGCUAUAAGCGGGGAAUCGGGUGCGGAGGGGCUGGCUCGGGGGCGUCGGGCAGCCAUGGACGCCGUCAACGCCUUUAACCAGGAGUUAUUCUCCUUGAUGGACUCCAAGCCCCCGAUCUCUCGGGCGAAGAUGAUAUCCAUCACCAAAUCAGCCAUCAAAGCUAUGAAACUCUACAAACAUGUGGUCCAGAUUGUGGAAAAGUUUGUCAAGAAGUGCAAGCCUGAGUACAAGGUAGCAGGCCUGUACGUGGUGGAUUCCAUCGUUCGGCAGUCCAGACACCAGUUUGGAGCGGACAAGGAUGUGUUUGGCCCAAGAUUUACCAAAAAUAUCACAGGAACGUUUAAGAACCUCUGCCUUUGCCCCAUAGAAGACAGAAGUAAGAUCGUGCGGGUGUUGAACCUGUGGCAGAAGAAUGGGGUGUUCAAGAUCGAGGUCAUUCAGCCCCUCCUGGACAUGGCGGCUGGGUCUAGCAGUGCUGCUGCUGCCUUUAUGGGCACAGAUGAGCCAGGUUCUUCUCCACCUUCAGCCAAAGAGCCAGUUACUGCGGUAACGGCAAACUCCUCCAUGACAUCCACUGCUCAGCUGCAAAGCUCUGAUGCCUUCGCUGCCGUGGCACAGCUCCUUCAGGGUCAGCAGAUUCAACAGAUGCUCCAGAACUUUCAGCAGCAGCCGGUGAAACCAGACACCAACACUCAGCCUCCUCUCCAUACGAGCCAAACCCAGGCCCAAAACAUCACCGCCAGCCUGGGCAUGGACACUCCACAUCCUCCCCUGCCCACUCAGACCACCCAGCAGAAAACAGCCUUUGACAAGAAACUGCUCGACCGCUUUGACUACGACGAUGAACCAGAAGCUGGAGAGGACACAAAAAAGGAUGACAUUGCAUCACAGCCCUCUUUUAUGCAGCAGCCUCCGGCUUUCCCACAGCACAUGGAGCACUUUAAACCAUCAAUGAUUAACAUGUCGCAAGACCUCUCACAACAGGUUCCUCUUCCUCCUAACGGCCAGCACCAGGCCUAUGGUUUACCAUCAGGGCAAAGCUUCCCAGUUAUGAUGCCUCCUAUGGGGCAUGCUCUGCCAGGACAGCCCCUCCCUGGUUCUACUGGGCUUCCAGGUUUCCCAGGGGUAUUUCCUCCCCACAACUCAGCCCAGCAACAACAGGAUUUGCCAAUGGAUAUGGACCGCUCGUCUGUGAGGGACGGCAGACAUGGCCGCAGGUCACCACACUCAGGCUCCAGGUCUCCAAAGCGGAGGAGGUCACGGUCUAAUUCUCGCACACGACGGUCUAGGCACCGGCGAUCCCGCUCGCGCUCCAGAGACCGGCGUCACCAUUCCCCGCGCUCCCGCUCACAGGAGCGAAGGGAGAGAGAGAAAGAGAGAGAGCGGCGGCAGAAGGGCCUCCCACCACCCAAGAGUGAGACACUAAGCAUUUGCAGUACCACUCUGUGGGUGGGCCAGCUGGACAAGAGAACACAACAGCAAGAUGUCGCCUGUAUACUGGAGGAGUUUGGGCAGAUAGAAUCCAUCAAUAUGAUUCCUCCACGUGGCUGUGCCUAUAUUGUCAUGAUUCAUCGUCAAGAUGCCUUCAGGGCUCUACAGAAGCUCGGCAGAGGAUCUUACAAAGUUAACCAGAAAGCCAUAAAGAUUGCUUGGGCUUUGAACAAGGGCAUAAAGGCUGAGUUCAAACAGUACUGGGACGUGGAGCUGGGUGUCACCUACAUACCUUGGUCUAAAAUCAGAGAGGACCAGUUGGAGGAGCUAAAAGAAGGAGGAGUUCUAGAUGGAGACACCUUAUCAUCAGAGUGGAGUGGAGCGAGGAUGUCACUGGACCAACCAGAGGAACUCACCCACAACGGCCGUUCAGAGCCUGAGGAGACGCCAACGUUACCUGUGCCUGCAGCAGCUGCUCCUCCCACACAGGUUCCUCCAAUGCAGCAGCCAAUGGUUGGUGUGGGUUCUCUCCAGCCUCCAGUCUUUCCUGGUCCUAUGGGCAUGCCCCCGCCUUCCUUCCCACCUGGCGUCCCCCCUCCCCCUUUCAUCAGACCGGGCUUCAACCCUAUGCAGAUGCCUCCAGGUUUCCCUCCCCCAGGAGCCAUGCCUCUAGGUCCCCCACCUCCUUCCAAAGGUGGACUUGAGGACCAGAACCUGGACCCAGCAGGUCUGGGCAACAGGAAAAACGAUGAGGGCCCAGAGGCUCCCAACAUGUUCAACAACCAGUUGGGACCUAUGGGUAACCAAGUAGGUGUGCCUCCAGGUGUCCCACCAGGUGCUCUUUCAGGUUUACCUCCAGGUGGCCAUCCAGGAAACAUCCAGCCCCCCUCUGGUGGUCUGCUGGGUGCACGGCCUGGUAUAAUCCCACUCCAGAGACCUCCCGUUCCCCCACCUCCGCACUUGCAGCGUUUCCCUCCACCUCACGCAACAAGACCACCUCACCCCAACAUGCCCCCUAUGCCUCCACAGAUGAUUCCCAGGGGGCCACACCCUCAGAUGAUUCACCAUGAGCCCCCUCCACCCAAAGGGGGCUUUGGGAUGCCGCCUCCCCACAAUAUACGGGCUCCUUUCCCCCCUCAUGGGCAUGGCCCUCCUCCUCCUCAAGGUCCUCCUCCUCCUUUUAUCAGACCGGGGGCCCCCCCUCGUAGUCAGGAAGGGCCAGAGGAAAUGGAGGGGAGACCCUUCAGAGGUGAUAGGCCUGGAUUUAGGGACAGAGAGCCAGACAGGGACAGAGACUGGGAUCGGGACAGGGACAGAGAAAGGGAAAGAGGUUUUGGAGGUGGAAGGCGUCCGUUUGGUGAUGGAGGGAGGGGAGGAGGCAGUGAAAGAAUGGAGGGCAGAGACAGGCUCGGAGGCUGGCAGGAGGAAGGAGGGAAUCAACGUGGAGGAGGAUGGGAGAGAGAUAGGGAUAGAGAUAGGGACAGAGACAGGGACAGAGACCGUGAUCGUGACAGAGAUAGAGACAGACGGGACUGGAGGGAGAGGCGGACCAGUCUAGAUAGGGACAGGGAACGGGGGAGAAGUGAUGAUGGGGAGAGAGAUCCAGGGAGAGGGGAAGGAGGAGAAAGGGGAAGGGGAGAGGGAGGCAGUCGAGAAAGAGCGAGAGGAGCUGAAGGAAAAGAAGGGGACAGGCCGAGGCGGGAGCGGCGAGAGAGGACCACACGGUGGGACAGGGAUGAUCGACUGGCCGAAUUAGAAAACAUGGACAGAUUUCGGACCUCGAACAGCACAGAGCAACCUUGUGUGACUCCUGUGGUCGCCGUGGAAACGAGUAAAGAACCGAACGUGGAAGCUUCUCAACAAAAGGCAGAAUCGGAACCUGCUGCUGCGACAGAGCCGACGCCCUCUGAGCCUUUACCUCCAUCUCAAAGUGAACCCACGGAAACAAAAGAGGAAGCGGCAUCAUAGACUGGCUCUGACUCCUCCUCCUUCAGCCAGAGAGUGCUGCGAACCACUGAGAGACAACAGCCUCGACUCCUGGCAGAUGAAUCCUAACUUGUCACCAUUCGUCAGUUGCUAAUGGUCAUUUGUGGGAAGUAACAGAUUUCUCGAAGACAAACAUCUCCCACGCAUAUUAUCAAAUGUGCAAAUGGACAUUUGUCGUUGCAUCUAUGUCUCAAAACACAAAAUCCAUUGUGAUCUAUCGGGUGUCGCGUCUAGUUUUCCUCCUUCGUGUGAGUUGUGAGAAAGAAAGGAGCACUUUCCCACUGAGGCUAGUGUGAGCCAAGCGUUUAUGUUUUUACUUGAGUUGGUUUGCAGACAGGAAACAAAUGAUUUAUUUCGCACAAAUUAAUUUUUACUAAACCCUCAUCUGCUUGAUAGCUGGCACUCCUCAAGAUGAUGAAUGUUAUUUUUUAAAUAUAUUUUUAAAAUUUGCCCAAAUAUGACAAACUCUAAAGAUCCAUUAUAAUAGAAGCACCAUUCUUUUUCCUGGUUGUUCUUGUCUCAUCUUAUUUUUCUUGUCAAAGGGCUAUAGUGGCCUUAAUAUCCAAUCAGGUUACUUGUGAUUAAAAAUAAUGAAGUACAAAUAAGAGAAGACAGAAUUUUAAAUAUGUGAAUAUUUACUUGCCAAUACCCAAAGUCCUUAGAAAUCUCAUUUCAAUACAUGGUCUUAAAUUAAAAGAAUAAAUAAAGUAACACAUAAGUCCUGAGACUCUUCCAAACACAGAACUUAUUAGAAGCUGAGCUUAUUCUCACCAGGUCCCUGAAUCUAAUUUAGUCGUCAUCAUUUACUGAUUAUCGGAAUUACGCUCAAUCACGUCUGAAAGAAGAACCACGUUUUUGGGACUCAGGGAUGCUUCACGUUUUUUUUGACAUUAUUGUCUUUAUCCAGCUGCCACCAACAAACAAAGAAAAUCUUUUAAUCAUUUUGAAUUUGGGACAAAUGAAAACUAUUGUCAAGGCUGAAAGACUGUGGCAGAGUAACAUUAAUUUGAUUAACAGACAUUGUGACUGACUCAGAGCCAUUUCACUUAAAGACAUUUCAGCAUUAACACGCUCACAAACUGUCAAUGAAAGAAUAAUGAAAUCCAAGCUUAUUGUGGCCUAACUCCCUUCAACUAUUUAUGGAGUAAACAAAUUAUGAUAUUGUGUAAUAGGAAAAUUGGAGUGAAUUAGAUUUACUACUAGAAGAGUAAUUGUUAUACAAAACAAAAUUUGAGUACAUCCAUUUGUAAAGAAACAUAUUUCUACCCAGAUUGGCCACAGCUGUUCAGAAACAGCUGAAGUUUCAUUUUGGUUUCUGUUAAAUGUUUAGAUAGUGAAGUUUUUUUCCUGCUGUCUAAAUUUCAUACUCUUGCCUAAAGGUGUAUUUUUUUUUGCCAGUUAAAUAAAGCAGAAACCUUUUGUGGAUCCAACUGAGGAAAAUCCAACUCAAGUCCAUUUCAAGUAUUGUUACAAAAAUCAAGGAGCCAGCGUUUGGGCUUUUGUUUGUUAUCAGACAGAUUUAUGUUUGUGGUCUUUUCCUGUGUGAGGAAGGAAGGGUCUGAUGUCUUUGACUAGAUAAAAAAAAAAAAGCUGAA